UUAAAUCUCAUAUAGUUUAUUAUAAGGUCCAAUCCAAAAAAAAUAUGUUAUUCUUAUAUUUUAUUGUGAAAAAAAGGUUGAAAACAGGAAGUUGCGCUCUACGUAGGCGUUUGCGUGACGUAACACGUAAAUAAGUUGAUCAAGCUGUUAUUAGCUAGGUUGUUUUCUUCCUUUAGCCUUAAUCUCUCGCAUGAUAUUAAUGACUGGGUGACAUUUACACACAGCUCUUGGGAGAUAAACCGGAACUGACACUUUAACCAACAAAUGAGGAUAUGCCAUCCGACUUUGUAACAUAUACAGAAAGUACACCUUGUGAGGACGAGAAACCGAGAGUCAAACAGCUAACAGCGGUCAGCGCCGCAAAUCUCCACACCGUGUAUCGCUCAUGCUGACUUUCUCUUCCAUUUCUUCUUCGUUUUUAGUCGGCCUUUAGAUUCGCCAAGUCCGGUCAGUGGUUUCUCCAGAAGAGAAUGAACUGGUUUUUCCCAACCUCCAAAGGCUCUGGAUCUCUCCCUCCUCUGAACAGCUUACAGCAACAGAGACAGCGGCAGAUCGAGUCCCUAAAAGCUGCCCACCCGAGCCUUGCAGAAAUCCAGAAGGAUGUGGAAUACAGAAUACCAUUCACAGUCAACAAUUCAACCAUUAGUGUUAACAUUUUGCUGCCUCCUCAGUUCCCCCAGGAGAAACCAGUGGUUAGUGUCUUUCCCCCUGUUGGUCAUCAUUUAGUGGACAGCAAUAAUGGCACUAUGAUCAAGAGCCCCCUCAUCACUAAUUUUGGGAUGCACUCAGACCUGGGAAAGGUCAUCCAAAGUCUGCUUGACGAGUUCUGGAAAAGUCCUCCCGCCUUGAUGUCUAGCGGUCCUUCUGGCUUUCCUUAUAUGUACAAAUCAUCAGGUAUAGCACCUUACCCCAAUCCGGCUUUUCACUUUGGUUCUCGCCACAUGGGACCCAGUCAGACACCACCUUCUGGUCCAGCCCCUGCGCCAAUGCCUCACCCAGGGGUCGAUAGUGCCCUUGGGCCCCCUCGAGCUCCAGCGCCAUAUGGAAUAAUUUCUGACCUGCCACUGCCUGUACCUAUUGGAGAUUCAGAGACUAGACUAAAUGGACACGUGUACAAGAUGCCUGAGAUUCCUGAGUCUUUUCCUGAACUCUGUGACAUGAACCUGACACAGUUGUCAGAUAUGUCUGAAAACGAAGAUGUGUUGCUCAAGUUUUUUGUGAGUUUGCCACAACUGAAACAGGUCACAUCUGAUAAAGAAGAUUUGGUCAACAGUAUACUGGACAUGGCCAAGAAAAAUCUUCAAAUGGAGCCACAUCUGGAAGGAAAAAGACAAGAGAUGCUCUACAAGUAUGAACAGCUGACUCAGAUGAAGUCAGCUUUUGAAACAAAGAUGCAGAGACAGCACGAACUCAGUGAGAGUUGCAGUCUAAGCACUUUACAAGCUCGGUUAAAAGUCGCAGCUCACCAGGCAGAGGAGGAGUCUGAGGAGACGGCUGAAAACUUCCUGGAAGGACGUAUUGACAUUGACGAAUUCCUGAACAGCUUCAUGGAAAAAAGAACACUUUGCCACAGCAGAAGAGCCAAAGAAGAGAAGCUGCAACAGUCCAUCAACACACAUGGCCCGUUUCCUACCAGUCACUAGAUCACAAGAUUCAGUGUUUCUCAGCCAACUGCUGCCAAGUAAAAGGAAAAAGUUAUUACAGGGGCCGAAAAGCACACUGGGCACUCAUCAGUUUGGAGAAACAUGAAGAUUUUGAUUGCAAUGCUGGGCUAAAAGAAGAAGCCUAUGGUGUCCAGAUCCAAGCUUAAAAAACAACAAACAACACAACAAAACAAAGCAAAACAGAAAAAAGCAGUUAAAGUUGGAUCUUGUGAGAGUAACGUUGAGUCACCACAGGAGGCCAAACCUUGGAGGAUGAGUGGCACAUGCCUAGAUGCUCCAGACACAUUACUAUGGAUUCAUCACAUUGUGGAUACUUUUAUUGCACUUUUUUUUCCAGUUUUGACAUGGCAGUGAUUACAACAAGCUUUGUUUUCUCUUUAGAUUUAUGUCACGUUGCUCAUAAAAUCUUGCCUGUUCUUAAUCAGGAAGGUUGGAGAUGUGAAGAAAUUUGGAAGAAAGUACAAGUUGUGUAGUACAGUGCCCCUAAUCUUCCAUUUUCUUUGCUGUGGGCUAGUUAGUAUCACUUAAAAAGUUAUUCUGAAAUAUUGGUGUCUGUACCAUACAUCUCUGAGAUCAGUCCUUGCUUAAUCAUCCCAUUACACUUUACGGAGAUGUUGUGCAGCCAAUGCACUUUCAGCGAUAAUUUGUCCAAGACAGCCAUGACUGUCAGUGAGUUAAACAAAGAAAAGAAGCAAGGACUCAACAGUUCGGUCAGGAGACAUUUAAUUGGGCUGUUAAAAUUUAAACUAUGUGUUUUCAAAGUGGAAAGUGGUUGAUUGUUAAUCAAGCUGUCAGUUUGAGGAAAUCCUAAACACAGCCGGAAUAUCAUUACAUAAACAUUCAUAGUUAAGGUUUCAGAUUUUCUAUCAGUACUCUGAUAAUCCCUCAAUUCAUGUACUGUAAGUUGUAAUACAUUUGUUUCCAAUUCAAAGUUAACGUGAACCAAGCAGACCACAUAACAUACUGUAAGAGCUGUUUCAGUUGUUAGUUCCUGUAUUGUAAUUCUGCUUAUUGAGGGUCACGUGUUUAAAACCAAUGCUAACACGAUUAGCAUUUGUGGUUCUUGUUUUUAGCACUGAAAGCAAAUAUUUUUCCGCUCAGAGGGCGGGUUAAACUACAUUAACUCAAAUCUGACUUCUUCAGUCCCUCUUUUGCUUUUUACAUUGAUUGAUUUAAAAAAAAAAAAAACAUUCUCGAUGUAAACAUGCUGACCACCACUUUUCCCUUAUAUGCACAGUUAUGAUCGCCUGAGAAACUGUUUUCUGACACCUGAAACCUCAAACUUGAAAUUUCUGCUGAAAAGCCUCAGAAGAUGUGGGAUAAUGUUGAGGAAUAUUAGUUUAAAUGCUGCAGUAAAACUCAAUGACAUUGGAUACUGUAUUUAAAUAAUGUUAAUAAUAGGCUAUAUUGUAAUCAAAGACUCGAGACACCUUGUAUUAUAUGUUCUUAUUUAAUUUGUUAGAGUAAUAAAGCAUUUAGAAUAAA